UCGGUGGUGGUCAGACGGCUCAGUGUCAGGAGUGAGCCUCGAAAUUGGGAGGGAGGAGGAGGGGCGUAGGCGUGCGCAGGCGGAGGGAGGGGAUGAGGGAGAAAUAAUUAUCGAGAGUAAGUGGCGCCGACGCAGAAUCUCUGGACUGGACGUCGAGGUGUGACGGCGGUAUUUCGUGCGGUUAGUUGGCGCGCGGGGCCCCGGUGACUGGGACGGCCAAGAUAGACGCUCCGUAUAAAAGGAGAGACAAGAGGCAGGGCGAAACGAACAGGAUAUAUUAUAAACGGAGCGACGACCACACAGUGACGACGACCACGACGAACACGACCGAAUAUUCUUCAUAAAUUUCUACUUCUUUCUCCUAAGAAGAAGAAAAGUGCGCGAACGGCGUUAACGAGCCGCGUGAGCUCGCACCGUUCGAGCUAACGAAAGAUUAACGUUAAAAAACUCGCCAAGGUGGCUGGAAUCGAGGAUUUCUAAUUAUUUGGAUAUUUCAUCGUUCGCUGCAAGAGAGGAGUUGGUUGGCGCGCGACGGAGGAAGGCGAGGUCGAUUGGAUGGUGCCGCGGGUCGGCGCCGUUUAAGCCGAGCGUGAAGGAGGGUGGUAGUUGCCUUCGGAGGAGGAGAAGCGGGGGAGGCUCGACUGGGGAGGAAGGAGGGUGGCUCGCCGCCCGAGAAAUUGGCGGAGGGGCGACCCGAGGACAUGGGGGUCGCCGACGAUUUCGCGCCGAGCUUCACCCAGAAGCCGCAGCUCAGGCAGGAGGACGAUGGAAAUCGGCUGAUCUUCGAGUGCCAGCUGAUCAGCUCGCCGAAGCCCGAGAUAUCGUGGUAUCGGGGCGAGAUCGAGCUGGCUGCCGACUCGAGGACCAACUUCCGGAUGCAGAGCGUCGGGACGAACAAGUUCCUCGUCGUCCUCGAGCUCGACGACGUUAUCGAGACCGACGCGGGCCUGUACAAGGUGAAGGCCAAGAACAAGAUGGGCGAGGUCGCGGCUUCGAUCAAUCUGAAUUUCAGUCCUGUCGAUGAGCCUAGGGAGAAACAAAUCGAUGGAAUCGCGCCAACUUUCGCGAAGAAGCCCGCUAUCAGACAAGAGGAUGAUGGUAAACGAUUACUUUUCGAAUGUCGCAUCACGGCUGAUCCCACGCCCAAAGUAACGUGGUUUCACGAUGGAAAUAUGGUAAAAGAUUCACCGAGGCACAAGCUAACCGUCGACAAAGAUGGCCACUCGUACUUCGCUACACUAGAGAUAAAAAAUGUGACCGUUGAGGAUGCUGGUAAAUAUAAGGUCACUGCGAAGAACGAACUCGGCGAAUCGAACGCCACUAUUUCCUUAAACUUCGAUAGCGACGAGGCACCCGUACCCGACGACGGUAUUAAACCGACUUUCACCGAACGACCGGUGAUAAGGCAAUCGGACGACGGUAACACCAUCACCUUCGAAUGUCGAUUAGUCGGCGACCCGAAACCAACCGUCAAGUGGUAUCACGGUAGCGAAGAGUUGAAAGAAGACGGAAGAUACAGGAUGUCGUUGGAAUUGGAUCAAAAGCUGUACCAUCUAGCGAGGUUGAGAAUCGACAACGUGGCAAAAGGCGACGCCGGGGAAUACAGAGCUGUGGCGAAGAACAAACAUGGCCAAGGUGUCGCGACCAUUAAUUUGAACUUCGAGGGGGGUGACAAGUUGAAAAUACCAGACGGUAAACCGCCGCGUUUCCCAAAGAAGCCAACAAUUCGACAAGAAGGGGACGUGUUGAUCAUGGAGUGUAUCUUGGAAGCUCACCCGGUCCCGGAUAUAACUUGGUACCAAGGUCAGAAGACGAUCACCGACAGCAAACGUGUCAAGAUGUCACGCAAGGCGACCGGGAAGGACACUUAUUUGCUCACGCUCGAGAUAUCGAAUCCGACCAAGGCGGACGGCGGAAAUUAUCGAUGCAACGCGUUUAACAACUUCGGCGAGAGUAACGCAAACAUCUCCCUCAAUUUCCAAGAUGCAGAAGAGGGACCUGGUUUCGCGCCGACGUUCAUCGAAAAACCUCGUAUCAUUCCGAACGAAACCGGCACCUUGAUCACGAUGAAAUGCAAGUGCAAAGCGAAUCCAAAACCGGAAGUUACGUGGUUCCGUGGGAGCAGUGUCGUCAAAGAAUCUUCCAAGAUUUCGAUCAGGACGAAGACCGUGGAAGAGGACGUUUACGAGUUGAUCAUGGAGAUCAAGGAUCCUUCGGCGCCUGAUGGUGGCACUUACAGAUGUCACGUGAAAAACGAGUACGGUGAAAGCAAUGCGAAUUUGAACUUGAAUAUCGAGGCAGAGCCAGAGCCGGAAGGAGACGGCCCGACUUUCGUCGAGAAACCGCGGAUACAGUCUCAAAACCAGGGUAAACUGGUGAUCAUGGAUUGCAAGGUGAAGGCGAAUCCGAAACCUGAAAUCGUGUGGACUCAUGCCGGCAAGAUAGUGAAGGAGUCCUCCAAGAUCUCGAUCAGUAUUGUUCAAGAGAAGCAAGAUAUCUAUUAUAUCAAAUUGACACUGAACGAUCCAGGUGCCGAAGAUUCAGGUUUAUACAAGUGCAACAUCAAAAACGCUCUUGGCGAAUUGAAUGCCAAUCUAACGCUCAACGUUGAAAUUAUACCCGUGAUCAAGGAAAAACCAAAGGUCGUGAAGAUCGUGAAGAAGAGAACGGUCAUAGUCGAGUGUCACGUGCUUUCCAAAUUUACGCCGGAAUGCACUUGGUUCAAAGAGACAAAAGCUGUGAAAGCGGAUAACAGGCACAAAGUCCACGUCGAGCAAGUAAAAGAGGGAGAAUUUGCUGUCAAGUUAGAAAUCGAGCAAGUGUCAGCCUCCGACAAAGGUGUGUACAAGUUAGUCGCUCGUAACGAAAAAGGUGAGGCAACGUCCCAAGUUGUAGAAGUUACGGAAAUUAUGGAGGAAGGCGAGAAACCUAAGAUUAUAUCCGGUUUGAAGUCUGCGACGAUCGAGGAAGGUAAAUCGAUCGAACUUGUCGCCAGCCUCUCCAAACAGGAUCGUAAAGUUACCAUCACAUGGUACAGAGAUUCUACGGUGGUCAAAGCUUCCAAAGACGUGAUGAUAUCUUUCAAUGGUGUAGAUAUGAAAUUGUCAAUCACAUCUGCUUCCACUUCGUAUUCUGGAACGUACAAAGUAGUCGUUAGUAAUGAAUUCGGUCAAGAUGAAUCGUCGGCACGAUUGGUUGUCAAGAAAAAAGAGGAAAAGAAAGAGGAAGAGGAAAAAGAAGAGAAAAAGAAGAAAGUUGAAAAGAAAGAGGAAGAGAAGAAAGAGGAAAAGAAGAUAGAAAAGAAAGAAGAGAAAAAGGAAGAAAAGAAGGAAGAGAAAAAGGAAGAGAAGAAGGUAGAAAAGAAAGAAGAGAAAAAGGAAGAAAAGAAAGAGGAAAAGGUAAAAAGCUCAAUUUGGAACCAUGAUAAAGAAAAUCUUUUCGAAAAAGAUGAGGAAGAAGAAAAGGAAGAGGAGGAGGAGGAGGAGAAGGAAGAUGAAGUGGUGAGUGUAAUCGAGUCCAGCAUCGCAGAGCCGAUUAUCGAAGAGCCAGAUUCAGAAACGAUAUCACAAAUGGAGGAUAUACCUGACCACACACCAAACGGUAUCGACAAAUCUGCUCCUAAAAAGAAACUGGAAGUUAUACAGAAGAAACCAGAAGAAAAAAUCGAAGAAAAGAAGGAAGUUGAAAAGAAAAAAAUUGCGAAGAAAGAAGAGAAGAAGGAAGAAGCUCUGCUUAAAGCUGAAAAAACUGUAUCUCGAAAACAAUCUAUUAGCAAAGUAGAAGAAUUACGAACAGAAAGUCGAAGAAGUUCUUUAAUAGCAACUGACGAAAAGAUCGAAGAAGUCAAGACCGAAAGCCGGCGUGCUUCCAUCAUUGAAAAAAAAGUAAUCACCGAAAAGGUAGAUAGAGAGACCCCGAAAUUUAGAUCUACAAUAACACCAACACAUCACAUGAAGAUUUUACCAAGAGAUAGUAUUGAACAUUAUGAGCCUGAACCUGAUGAUGAAAUCGAGGAUAUUUGGGCUUCAGUGCCAAGAGAACCCGAAAUAAGAUCCAUUAUAAAAAGAGAGGAAAAAUUACAACCGGAUAACACCAAUCGUGACGAAUUACUGCUUGAUAAUUACGAGGAUACAUUUAUAUCAAACGAAUCUACACCACGUGCGAGUAGACCUAAUAAAAAUAUCGAGGUUUCCAUUGAACCCCAACCAAGCACAGAAAAAAAAGAAUCGAUUAAAUAUAACGAGAAUGAAUCAAAAAUUAUACCUAAACAAAUUGAAGAAUUGGACAAUGAUAUAGAGGAUAUUUGGGCAGAUAGACCACAAGAACCAGAAAUUAAGUCAAUUUUAAGAAAGGCCCCACAAAGAACUCUCAUAUAUUUAUCACGGACAGAGUACAUAGUACCCGAGGAUACUUGGAAAUCAAAUUUAAUCGAAGUAAACGACGAAUCCGAAACUUUGAAACAAAAAUCGGAAUCGCCUUUAGUUGAUGUGAUUAAUAAUAAAGUAGAGGAGAAAGUUGAACCGAAAUUAAAAAAAACUCGUAAGAAAGUUGGAACAGGCAAGAAAGAAGACGCGAAACCAAAAUCUACUUCUCGCAAACUUGACGAAGCGAGCAAGAAAAAGGAACCGCUUACAAGACGUAGAUCAUCGACAAAGUCUACAGAGGGGUCUAAGGAUGAAGAACCUACGUCAGAUUCUAAAGAAAGGGAUAGCGUUUCCAAUGGAGCUAAGAAGGAUGAAGUCGUCGCUAAAGCUAAAACUAUUGGAAAGGAAGAAAAGAAGGAGGAACUCAAACCCACACUCAAAGUAGAAGAAUCUAAGAUACAAGAACCCUCAAAACCAAAAAUUCUCGAUAAACCCGAGGAGACCAAGGAAUCUAUCGCGAAAUCUAAAACACCCGUUGAUAAACCCGAAGAGGUGAAGAAGAAGGAACCUGUCUCAAAACUUAAGACCACACUUGCUAAACCUGAGGAGACUAAGAAAGAGGAACCUGCUCCAAAACCUAAGACCACACUUACUAAACCUGAAGAGCCUAAGAAGGAGGAACCUGGUUUAAAAUCCAAAACCACACUUAGUAAACCUGAGGAGGCUAAGAAGGAGGAACCUGCUUUAAAAUCCAAAACUACACUUAGUAAACCUGAGGAGGCUAAGAAGGAGGAAUCUGCUUUAAAACCCAAAACCACACUUGCUAAACCUGAAGAGACUAAGAAGGAGGAACCUGUUUUAAAAUCCAAAACCAUACUUGCUAAGCCCGAAGAGGUUAAGAAGGAGGAACCUGCUUUAAAAUCCAAAACCACACUUAAACCUGAGGAGGCUAAGAAGGAGGAACCUGCUUUAAAAUCCAAAACCACACUUAAACCUGAGGAGGCUAAGAAGGAGGAACCUGCUCCAAAACCUAAGACCACACUUAUUAAACCUGAAGAGCCUAAGAAGAAGGAACCUGUUUUAAAAUCCAAAACUACACUUAGUAAACCUGAAGAGGCUAAGAAGGAGGAACCUGCUUUAAAAUCCAAAACUACACUUAGUAAACCCGACGAGGCUAAGAAGGAAGAACCUGCUCCAAAACCUAAAGUCACAUUUACUAAACCCGAGGAAGCUAAGAAGGAAGAACCUGCUCAAAAACCUAAAACCACACUUGGUAAACCCGAGGAAGCUAAGAAGGAAGAACCUGCUCCAAAACCUAAAGUUACACUUGGUAAACCCGAACGAAAGGAGGAGGAACAGACCAGAAAACUUAGUCUCAAGCCUGGAGCGAAGAUCGAAGAGGAGGCGAAGACUCUGAACAAAGUGGAACUAAAGCCAGUGGCAGCCGAGACGAACGAGAAGAAAUCUGGACUACGCAAACCACCGAAAUACGAAAUUAAAGCCGACAACUUUCAAUCUAUCCAACUUAAACCAGUUUCAAGGGAUCCUAAAACACCUCAAAAAGCUGAAAAUGGCGGUAUCGAGUUGAAGAAGACGGAGAAGGCCGAGAAAGUGGAAGCGAAGAAGACGAAAAUUGGAAAAGUGGCCAAGGAGAAGAGUUACGAGCUUCCAGAGAUUCCAGAUUACGAGCGGCCUGUGCUGGAGAAACCCCAGGAAUUCGAGUUCGGGGAGCACAUGGCCCGAGACAAAACUAAAUUGGAGAGGCCAGCGACGCAGAAAUUCGAAUCCAAGCCGAAAGUGCCAGAAAUCAAAGCGCCCGAGGCACCGAAGAUCGAAGUGAUCAAAGACGUAACGCCGGCUGGAAGCAGAAAGAGUUCGUUGAUUCCUGGUAGCGGCACGACCAGUCGACGGGGCUCCUUGAUACCGCCCGAGGAAUUGGGUCGCAGACCCAGCCUGAUCAUCAGUGACGAGGAGAAUAGAAAGCUGCGACCAGGCGAGGUGGUGGACGAGCGUAAGCGUCGUCGUCCGAGCACGGACGUCCGAAGACCCAGCGUGGCGGACCUCGAGAAUAAGAUCAAUCAGCCGAGCACACCUCUUCGAGAUGUCGGACCACCGGGCCCACCUCAAAUCAUCGAUGUCCAGGAAUCGUAUUCCGCGGUGGAAGACUCGACGGCGUACCUCACGGUUGGAGUUGAGGGUACGCCAGCGCCUACCUUCAAAUUCUACAAAGGAAUCACCGAGAUCAUCGAAGGUGGCCGAUUCAAGUUCCUUACGGACACAGAGACCAAUACGAUCACCCUCUGCAUGAGGAAGACGAAGCCCAACGACGAGGGCACGUACAAGAUCGUCGUGAGCAAUAUCCAUGGCGAGGAUUCCGCCGAGAUGCAGCUUUACGUUUCCGACGCCAGCGGUAUGGACUUCCGUGCUAUGUUGAAAAAGAGAAGGUAUCAAAAAUGGGCAAGAGAGGAGCAAGAACAAGAAAAGGUAGAUUUGAAGGAAGUGGAGAAACCGAUGCCAGCUUUGAAAAAAGUGGAAAAGUCGCUGCACGACAGCGAGAUGCACGGAAGAAGCUGGUAUCAAGACGGGGAUGAUAUAGUGAUCGUGGCGGAGGGUGAGGAGGUCCUUCGAAUUUCUCUAGACAAGAAGGGUGAAACUAACUGGAGCUGGCUCAAGGACGUCUUCGACAUUCAGCGCAGGCCAAGUUUGCAGGAGCUAAUCGUCGACUGGCCGAUAUUAGCGACGAGGGUCAAGCAGAAGAAUAGUGGAUCUCGUAGACCCUCCCUCGCCGAAUUAAUUCCCGACUGGCCGACCCUGCACCAUUUCACCAAGACGGAGAAGCCGGAAAGUUUCCUGAAACCGUUGGUGGAUCAAUAUGCCAAAGAGGGCAAAGACAAAAAGGUCGUGUUCGAGGCGAAUUUCUCGAAACCGAAUUGCAAACCGAAAUGGUUCUUCCGAAAGGACGAGCUGUUCCCUUCGUCGAAAUACAAGUUCAAGAACGAGGAAGAUUGCUACCAGCUCAUCAUCAUGAACCCCAAGGUCGAGGACACAGGAAAGUACACGAUCGAAAUUUCAGGUGUCUCGAGCACUGCCUUCCUCAACGUCGAAGAACCGGAUCCAACUUACACGUUCACCAAACCGCUCUCCAAAAAGACCAGCGGCUACACGAAGCACGAGGUUUACAUGGAAUGUACCGUCAGUUCGAAUCUAGCUCAAGUCACGUGGUACAAAGGGAAAACGAAACUCGAGGAUGGCGAUACGUACAGCAUAUCGAAGGAUAUGAACGGCGUUUGUCGUUUGACCAUAAAGAGUGCCACCCUCGAAGAUAGCGGCGAAUAUAUUUGUAAGAUCAACAAACAGACGGACAAAACUGAAACGGUUCUAACCGUAGUAGAAUACCCGUACAAAUUCGUGAAGGUGUUGAAAUCGCAGCAACUCGUUGAAAAAGAAACGUUGACGCUGGUCUGCGAGCUGGACGAUGCCGGCGGAGAGGUAAAAUGGUUCAAAGGUGACCAAGAGAUCGUACCUGACAAGAGGGUACAGAUCAAAGAGGAUGGCAGGAAGAGGAAGCUCAUCAUCAAGGACACCAAGGUUACGGAUGCUGGCCAAUACUCGUGCGUGAGCAAUGCCGAUAAAACCGAAGCCGAAAUAGUUAUAAACUACGCGAAUCGUUUCAACAAGAAACUAAAGGAUACGGUGGCUGUGGAGAGGGAAAAAUUGGUGUUGGACGUGGAACUCCAAGAUCAAACUGCGCCUGCGAUCUUCUUCUUUAACGGGAAUCGAAUCGAGCCCAACGAGAGAGUCGAGAUCAAGAAUUUGGGGGGUGGAAAGCACCAGUUGAUCUUCAACAGAGUGGAAAUGAGCGAUGACGGUGAAAUUAGUUGCGAGAGCGGGCAGUUGAAGAGCAGUUGCAAACUCACUGUGAAGAAGGGCGAGAGCAAACCCAUCGUUGAAAUCCCUGACAAGGUCGAAGGUCCUUGCAACACGCCUCUCGUAUUCGUUGUACCUUACAAAAUCGAAGGGACGAAACAGAGUCAGGUGGAAGCGAAACUGUUGAAAGACGGUAAAGCAUUGCCGUUGAAAGAUGUGGAGAUAGUGGUUGGCGAGGACAAGAUCACCUUCAAGAUCAAAAAGCCUUCUCGGGACCAAUCUGGUGUUUAUCAAGUGAAGAUAAGUAACAACCAAGGGGAGGAAGUGAACGACGUGAAUAUCAAUAUGCAAGACGUACCAUCCCCGCCCAGAGACGUGGACGUUAACGAGAUCUUCCAAGACUCUUGCGUGGUGUCUUUCAAACCUUCCAAGGACGACGGUGGAACGCCCAUCACGAAAUACGUGAUCGAGCGCCUCGACCUCAGCUUGAAGGCGCAAUGGGACAACGUGGGCGAAGUUAUGCCUGGGGAGAAAUGCUCUUACAAAGUACAAGAUCUCGUUGCAAAGAAGGAGUACAAGUUCCGUAUCAGAGCUGUGAACAAACUUGGCUCCAGCGAGCCAGCCAUGUUCGGCAAGCCGGUGCUCGCCAAAGAUCCAUGGGAUGAGCCAGGUAAACCCACGAACGUGGAGGUGACCGACUGGGACAAAGAUCACGCCGACUUGAAAUGGACGAAGCCCGAGAACGACGGUGGGGCGCCUAUCACGGGAUACAUAAUCGAGUACAAGGAAAAGUUUGGCAAAGAGUGGGUGAAGGGGAAGGAAAUCGAAGGAGAAGUGACGGAGGCGACCAUAGACGGGUUGAAGGAGGGUACCCAAUACGAGUUCAGGAUCCGAGCCGUGAACAAAGCUGGCCCCGGUGAACCGUCGGAUGCUACGAAACCGAUAAUAGCCAAGUGCCGAUUCGUGAAACCUUACAUCGUUGGAGAUGGCCUGACGAAUCUGAUCGUGAAGAAGGGACAGAUCAUCAAGUACGAUAUCAAGUAUGCCGGUGAACCUGAACCGGAGGUUCAUUGGUUCCUUGGGGAGAAAGAGUUGGUUCAAGACUCGGCCGAGAGGCUCACGAUCGACAAAUACGAGAGAAACACGGUGCUCACCGUUAGGAAGACGGUUAGAUCCGAUUCUGGAAAGUACAAGCUUGUCCUGUCAAACAGCUCUGGAACUUGCGAGAGCGUCGCUGACGUGAUUGUCCUUGACAAACCUUCGAAACCGACCGGCCCGUUGAAAGUGGAGGAAGUUCGCGCCGACCACGUGAAAGUGAAGUGGGAGAAGCCCGAGGAUAAUGGAGGUACCGAAAUUACCGGCUACGUGUUGGAAAAAAUGGACAUGGAUACUGGACGGUGGAUCCCUGCCGGGGAAGUGGGACCGAACGAAACUAGCUUCAACUUCACCGGGUUGACGCCGAAGAAGAAGUACAAAUUCCGCGUGAAAGCUGUGAACAAGGAAGGCGAAUCGGAGCCGCUCGAAGUCGAGGAAGCGAUUCUUGCCAGGAAUCCUUAUGACGAGCCUGAUAAGCCUGGUAAACCUGUAAUCUUCGACUACGAUAACGUCAGCGUAUCCUUGAAGUGGGAGAAGCCUCAGAACGACGGCGGUAGACCGAUCACUCAUUACACCGUGGAGAUGAAGGACAAAUUCGCUGUGGACUGGGUGGAGGUAACGAAAACGACCGAUGCCACCCCGGAGGCAAAGGUCGAAGGUUUGAAGGAAAAGAUGAUUUACCAGUUCCGAGUUAGGGCUCACAAUAAAGCAGGCCCCAGCCAGCCUAGCGAGCCCACUGACAAUCAUCUUUGCAAGCACAAGAAUCUUAAACCGAGAAUCGACAGAACGAAUUUCAAGUCUAUAGUUAUCAAGGCUGGACGUACCCACAAAUGGUCGGUAGAUAUCAUAGGGGAACCGCCGCCAGAAGUUAAGUGGAUUUGGAGAGACAACAUACCUCUUACUACCACCGAACGUAUCAAGAUCGAGAACGUGGAUUAUCACACAGACUUCACCAUCGUAAACGCGAUGCGUAAAGACACGGGAAAAUAUACUCUGAUCGCGGAGAAUGCUAACGGAAAGGACGAGGAAACCGUGGAACUUACGGUUCUCGGCAAGCCAGACGCACCGAAAGGUCCGUUGGAAGUGACGGAUAUUACAGCUACGUCGGCCAAGGUGAAGUGGGAGAAACCGGAAGACGACGGUGGUGUUCCGAUUAAAGAAUACGAAAUUGAAAAAUUGGACACGAAAACUGGCAAGUGGGUGAGAGUGGGAAAAGUUCCAGGCAAUGCGCCGCUCACGGAAUUCGAGGUGACGGGAUUGAAUCCGGGAAGCGAAUACAAAUUCCGCGUUACAGCGGUCAACGACGAAGGUGAUUCCGAACCUUUGGAGAGCGAGCGGGGAAUCAUCGCCAGAAAUCCGUACGACGAGCCGCAUAAACCUGGAACACCUGAGAUAACCGACUAUGACAACGAGUCCAUAAGUUUGAAAUGGACUGCUCCUGAUUUCGACGGUGGUGCGCCAAUCGAGAAAUACAUAAUCGAGAAGAAGGACCGUUACAAACCAGAUUGGGAGAAGGCGAUGGAGGUACCUGGAAAUCAACUAGAGGCCAAAGUAGGGGACUUGAAGGAACGUGGAGAGUAUCAGUUCAGGAUCAUAGCCGUGAACAAAGCCGGCCCAUCUCCGCCAUCGGACGCUUCAAAGAUGCAAAUAUGCAAACACAAAGCACUGAAACCAAGAAUCGAUCGUACGAACUUGAAACCUAUCACGGUCCGUGCUGGCAAGCCAAUCAAAUAUGACGUGGAUGUUCGUGGCGAACCGCCUCCAGAGAUCACGUGGUAUCACGCGAAUCAGGCGGUUCAAAGCGGCGGGAAUAUCGAAAUUGUCAACAUCGAUUACAAUACGAAACUCAGUAUUACCGACUGUGUGCGAAAAAAUACCGGGGUAUGGAAAAUAAAGGCUGUAAAUCCUCACGGUGAAGACGAGGCUGAAGUCGAAGUCACGAUACUCUCUGCUCCUGGAAAACCAAAGGGUCCUUUGAAAGUGUACGAUGUUACGAAGAGCGGUUUGAAAUUGAAAUGGGAAAAACCGGAAGACGAUGGCGGCUUACCCAUUACCAGUUAUCAAAUUGAGAAACUGGACAAAGCGACCGGAAGAUGGGUCCCCGUCGGGCGUACUUCGGAUACCGAAAUGGACGUUAAAGGUCUUCAAGAGGGUCACGAAUACGAAUUCAGGGUGAAGGCGAUUAACGAAGAAGGGGAAUCCGAGCCAUUGGUCACGGACAGUUCGACCAUUGCAAAGAAUCCUUAUGACGUAGCCAGUAAGCCUGGCGUGCCGGAAUUCGAAGAUUGGGACGUGGAUCGUGUCGAUUUAAAAUGGGAACCGCCGAAAAGUACAGGAGGUGCACCUAUUACGGGUUACAUAAUCGAAAUGAAGGAGAAGCCGUCGCCGAAUUGGCAAGAGGCCACUGUAACAGACUCGCCCCAACCAAAAGGGCGCGUCACCGGUUUGAAGAAAGGUUCCGUGUACCAAUUCCGCGUGCGUGCCGUUAACAAAGCUGGACCAUCGGAACCGAGCGAUUCAACCAAGCCACACGUGGCAAAGGCGCGAUAUCUGAAACCACACAUAAACCGCGACAAAUUGAAAACGAUUAAAGUGAGGGCGGGUCAAAUGGUGAAACUAGAAGUCGACAUCGAAGGUGAACCACCGCCAACCGUUACCUGGAACUUUGGAGGCGCGGUCCUUCAAACAAGUGCCAACGUGAAAAUCGAUAACGAGGAUUACCUAACCAAAAUUCAUUUGACCCAAACUAGCCGCAAGUUGAGUGGCAAAUACACCAUCAAAGCUGUGAAUGAUUCUGGACAAGACGAGGCCGAUGUGGAGAUUAUCAUUCAAGAUAAGCCCGGGAAACCGGAAGGUCCUCUGGAGGUGACGGAUAUCCACAAGGAAGGAUGCAAAUUGAAGUGGAACAAACCGAGGGACGAUGGCGGUUUACCGUUGUCCGGUUAUCUGGUCGAGAAAAUGGAUGUCACGACCGGUCGAUGGGUACCAGUUGGCAUAGUUGAUCCAGACAAAACGGAACAGACUAUCACUGGUUUGGAACCUGGAAAACGAUACGAAUUCCGCGUGAAAGCUGUAAACGAAGAGGGAGAAUCGGAACCAUUGCAAACGGAUGUUCCUAUCAUCGCUAAGAAUCCUUAUGAUCCUCCAUCUGCGCCUGGUCUACCAGAAAUCAUCGACUGGGCCGAAAAUAUGGUGAAAUUGAAAUGGGAACCACCUAUACGUGACGGUGGUGCACCCAUCACAGGUUACAUAAUCGAAAUGAAAGACAGAUUUGGCACCACGUUCGUGAAGGCUGCCGAGGUGGAAGGACGGGUGUGUACGGGAACAGUGACACGAUUGGAGGAAGGAAAUCAGUAUCAGUUCAGAGUGAGAGCCGUGAACAAAGCGGGUCCCGGAGAACCUAGCGAGGCUACCAAUCCUCAUACUGCCAAAGCUCGUUGGCUGAAACCGUUUAUCGAUCGAACCAAUUUGCAACCGAUAACCGUAAAAGUAGGUCUUACCGUCACUUUGGAUGUGAAUAUCAUUGGUGAACCGCCACCAAAUGUAACUUGGUUCUUCCAAGACAAGGAGAUCGUAUCGGACGACACGAUACGCGUCGACAAUAUCGACUACAAUACCAAAUUUUUCAUUUUGAAAACGAAACGAGCGCACACGGGAAAAUACGUGAUCAAAGCGAAGAACGAGGUGGGCGAGGACACUGCCGAUGUCGAGAUAAUCGUCAUCGGUAAACCAAGCAAGCCAAAGGGUCCUCUGGAAAUAUCCGACGUGAACAAACACGGUUGCAAGUUGAAAUGGGAGAAACCUGACGACGACGGUGGUGUGCCGGUCGAGUACUACGAGAUCGAAAAGUUGGAUCCUUUGACGGGGCAAUGGAUCCCUUGCGCGAAAUCCGUGGAACCGGAAGUGACGGUGACGGGUCUUCAAGAAGGGAAACCGUACAAAUUCCGCGUGAAGGCGGUAAAUCGGGAGGGCGAAUCUGACGAUUUGGAAGCGGACAAAUCCAUCAUUGCGAAGAACCCGUUCGACGAGCCUGGAAAACCUGGCCGGCCGGAAAUCAGAAACUGGGACAAAGACUUCGUCGAUCUCGAGUGGACUCCGCCCAAAGACGACGGGGGCGCCCCGAUCGAGAAGUACAUCGUGCAGAUGAGGGACAAGGAAGGCCGCCAGUGGAUAGACGUGGCCAAAGUUCUCGGAGAUCGCACCACCGCCAAGGUCACCGAUGGUAUCGAGGAAGGCCACGAAUACGAGUUCAGAAUAGUCGCAGUGAACAGAGCCGGGCCUGGAGAGCCGAGCGACACUUCGAAAAGCGUUGUUGCCAAACCACGAUUUUUGGCACCCCGCAUCGAUCGCAAAAAUCUACAGAAGAAGGUUAUGCGAGUGGGCCAAUUGUUACGAAUCGAGGCGGAUGUACAGGGUGAACCGCCGCCGCUCGUUACUUGGAAGCUGAAGGACGCCGUGCUGAAGAGCAUGGAUCGUCUCAAGAUCGAGAACGAAGAUUAUCACACCACCUUUAUCAUAAGUAAAUUGCAGAGAUCCGAUACGGGCACCUACACGGUCGUAGCCAAAAACGACAGCGGUACCGACCAAGUGGACGUCGAGAUCCUGGUGGUGAGCAAACCUAGCAAACCGAAGGGGCCGCUCGAAGUGUCCGACGUAACAGCGGAAGGAUGCAAGCUGAAAUGGGACAAACCGGACGACGACGGCGGGGAGCCAGUCGAUCACUACGUGAUCGAGAGGAUGGACGUCGACACAGGAAGAUGGGUACCUUGCGCGACGAGCAAAACACCGGAAGCCGAGGUUACCGGCCUCAACGAAGGCAAGGACUACCUGUUCCGAGUGAAGGCUGUUAAUUCUGAAGGCGAAUCCGAACCUUUGGAAACGGCAAUCCCGACCACGGCAAAGAAUCCUUACACCGAGCCGGACGCUCCUGGGAAGCCGGAUCUGAAGGAUUGGUCGAAGCAGCACGUGGACCUGAAAUGGAAAGCGCCGAAGAAGGAUGGGGGGGCGCCGAUAGAGAAGUACAUAAUCGAGAAGAAGGAUCAAUACGGGAAGUGGCAGAAGGCGGCCGAGGUUCCUGGAAAUAAAACCGAGGGCAGAGUGGAGGGAUUGAUCGAGGGGCAAAAGUAUCAGUUCCGUGUGAAAGCCGUGAACAAAGGCGGUCAGAGUAAACCGAGCGAGCCGAGCGACAGCCUGGUCGCAAAGGAUCGUUACGCCGCGCCCAAGAUCGAUCGUACCAAUUUGAAGGAUCUGACGAUCAAGGCUGGGACCAACAUUCGAUUGGACGUGAAGGUGACGGGCGAGCCGCCUCCAACGAAAACGUGGUAUCUGAACAAAGCGAAGCAGGAAUCGGGCGGUGUGUUGACCAUCGAGCUGGAGGAUUACAGGACCAAAUUCUUGGUGUCGUCCGCCUCGAGAGCUCAUUGCGGUACGUUGACACUGAAGGCGGAGAACAGUUCCGGAAAGGACGAGGCCUCGAUCGAGAUCCUGGUGUUGGACAAGCCUGGUAAACCGGAAGGUCCCCUCAAAGUGUCUGAUGUGCACAAGGAGGGAUGCACGUUGAAGUGGAAUCCACCGUUGGACGACGGUGGCGUGCCACUCGAUCACUACGUGGUGGAAAAGAUGGAUACGGAAACUGGAAGGUGGAUACCGGUUGGACGCACCAAAGAACCGAGCAUGGUCGUGGAAAAUCUGGUCCCAGGUCAAGAGUACAAGUUCCGAGUCUCGGCUGUGAACGCGGAGGGUGAAUCGGAACCUUUGGAAACGGAUCAUGGAAUCGUAGCUAAGAAUCCAUUUGACGAGCCAGGUCCACCUGGUCGACCAGAGGCAGCCGAUUGGGACAAGGAUCAUAUAGACCUAAGAUGGACUCCACCCUUAAACGAUGGUGGAUCUCCAAUCACUGGAUACAUAAUUGAAAAACGCGAGAAAGACGGCCCACGAUGGAUAAAGGCGUGCGAAACCGGACCCGAAUGCAAGGGACGAGUCGAUAAUCUCGACGAGGGUGUCGAGUACGAGUUCCGCGUGAAAGCUGUUAACAUUGCUGGACCCGGUGAACCAUCCGACACCAGUAAACCGAUCACGGCCAAAAGCCGACGAUUGGCGCCAAAGAUCGAUAGGAAAAAUUUGCGUGAUAUCACGGUACGCGAGAACGAAGGAUUCCACUUCGACGUGAAGAUAAUCGGAGAACCACCGCCUGACGUCACUUGGGUAAUCAACAACAAGAGUAUCCAACAAACGACGUUCCGCAGGAUACAAAACGUCCCGUACAACAGCAAGUUUUUCAACGACAAACCGGAACGAAAGGACAGUGGCAUUUAUAAGAUUACGGCUGUGAACCAGUAUGGAUCCGAUACCGCCGAAGUGGAAGUCACCGUUGUCUCGAAACCUGCAAAACCCGAAGGACCGCUCGAAGUGUCUGAUAUUCACGCAGAAGGAUGCACUUUGAAAUGGAAGAAACCCAAGGACGACGGUGGAGAGCCCAUCGAGGGUUACCUCGUGGAAAAGUUCGAUCCGGAUACGGGUGUUUGGUUACCUGUCGGUAAGACGACAGGCCCGGAAAUGAAGGUGGAAGGAUUGACGCCUGGACACGAGUACAAGUUCAGGGUGAAGGCGCUUAACAAAGAAGGAGAAUCGGAACCGUUGGAGACGUACAGCUCGAUCGUGGCCAAAGAUCCAUUCACCGUACCGAGUCCUCCUGGUGCGCCUGAACCGGUCGAUUGGACCGCGAAUCAGGUCGAGUUGUCUUGGAAGGAGCCUGUCAGCGACGGCGGAUCGCCCAUCACCGGGUACAUCAUCGAGAAGAAGGACAAGUACAGUACGAUGUGGGAAAAGGCUUUGGAAAUCGAGACACCUACCACGAAAGGCCUGGUUCACGGCCUCAUCGAGGGUAACGAGUACUUGUUCCGCGUAAUAGCCGUGAACAAAGCCGGUCAAUCGGAGCCUGGCGAUACCAGCAAAACGUUCACCGCUAAACCGCGAUACCUGGCACCCAAGAUCGACCGACGCAAUCUGAGGGAUGUCACGUUGUCGGCCGGCUCGCUGCUGAGAUUCGACGUUAACGUGAUCGGUGAACCUCCGCCUCACAUCGAGUGGCGAUACGGCGCCAUUCCCCUGCACUCCGACAGGAAGGUGCAGAUCGACAAUUCCGAGUACAACACCAAGUUCAGCAUUCGCCCCGUGGCCCGAGACGACAGCGGCGACUACACGAUCACGGCGACCAACUCGUCCGGAAGGGAUUCCGUCACGGUGCAAGUCACGGUUACGGACAAGCCGAUGCCGCCUGAGGGCCCGCUUCAAGUUUCGGACGUGCACAAAGAGGGAUGCAAAUUGAAGUGGAAGAGGCCGAAGGACGAUGGCGGUACACCGAUCGAGUAUUAUCAAGUGGAGAAAAUGGAUCCCGAAACUGGUUGCUGGGUGCCUUGCGGCCGAUCUACCGAGCCUAAUCUGGAAGUGUCCGGAUUGACACCUGGCAAAGAAUAUCUGUUCCGGGUUACGGCGGUGAACGCCGAAGGAGAGUCGAAGCCUCUGGAAGCGGAACAAGCUAUCCUAGCCAAGAAUCCGUAUGACGAGCCAGGCAAACCGGGCGAUCUUCGCGCCACCGAUUGGGACAAGGACCACGUCGAUCUCGCCUGGUCUCCGCCAACGAGCGACGGUGGCUCGCCCAUCACAGGCUACAUAAUCGAGAAGAAGGACAAGUACGGGGAGUGGGAGAAGGCUGUGGAGGUGCCGGCGUACGAAACGUCGGCAACCGUCCCCGACUUGAUCGAAGGUCAACCUUACGAAUUCCGCGUCCGAGCCGUAAACAAAGCUGGCCCUGGCGAGCCUUCCGACCCAACGCCAACGAUCGUUGCCAAGCCGCGAAACCAGGCGCCCAAGAUCGACCGUACGAAUUUGAUAGAGGUUAGAAUCAAGGCUGGCCAAAAUUUCAGCUUCGACGUGAAGGUUUCCGGUGAACCUCCGCCGACCACGAAGUGGAUGCUGGGCAAACGAGAGGUUCGGCCCACCGAGCGUAUCAAGGUGAAGCACGUGGACUACAACACGAGCCUGAGCGUCAGGAUGGCCACGAGAGCCGAAUCGGGGAGGUACAGCAUAAUCGCGGAAAAUAUAAACGGCAUGGACGAGGCGUUCGUGAAGGUGACGGUUCUGGACGUGCCGAGCCCGCCUCAAGGGCCGCUCAGAGCAUCCGACGUGCACGCCGAAGGGUGCACCCUGACGUGGAAACCGCCGGAAGACGACGGUGGUCAACCGGUAGACAAAUACGUCGUGGAGAAAAUGGACGAAGCGACCGGCCGUUGGGUACCGGCAGGAGAAACGGAUGGGCCGCAAACUUCUUUGCAAGUGGAGGGAUUGACCCCUGGUCACAAGUACAAAUUCCGUGUCCGUGCGGUGAACAAACAGGGUAAAUCGGAACCGUUGGCAGCGAUGCAAAGCAUCGAGGCGAAGAAUCCUUUCGACGAACCUGGAAAACCUGGCACACCUGUGGUCAGCGACUACGACUCCGACUUUGUCGAGCUUCAAUGGGAUCGUCCGCAGGAAGACGGAGGCUCGCCCAUUACUGGUUACAUAAUCGAGAAACGGGACAAAUAUAAUCCGAACUGGGAGAAAUGCGCCGAGGUUGAAGGUGAUGUGAAUCGUGGAAAAGUGAACGAUCUGGUGGAGGGUAUACACUACGAAUUCCGCGUUAGGGCGGUUAACAAAGCCGGACCUGGCGAGCCGUCCGAUGCUUCCAAAUCUCACUUGGCUCGACCCAAGAAUCUUCCACCAAAGAUCGACAGAAAAUACAUGCUGGACGUAAAAGUUAAAGCCGGUGGUUUCUACGACUUCGACGUUCCCGUUAUCGGCGAACCACCACCGAGCAAGGAAUGGUCGCUAAAGGGUACGGUACUUUUGUCCAACGACCGUAUCAAGAUCGUGAACGAGGAUUACAACACGAAAGUUCGCGUGAUGGAGGCAAGGCGUUCCGAUUCAGGCGUGUACACUCUAGAAGCGAAGAACAUCAACGGCAGGGACAGCGCCACCUUGACAGUGAACGUGCUCGAUGUGCCCUCCCCGCCGGAAGGCCCUCUCAGGAUCGACGGCGUGACGAAGAACGGUUGCAAUCUGAAAUGGCGUCCGCCGAAAGACGACGGCGGUUCCGAGAUUCUCUACUACCAAGUGGAGAAGAUGGAUACGGAGAACAUGAGAUGGGUGCCCGUCGCGGAAGCUUCCUCCACUUACGCCCACGUGGACCACUUGAUCGAGGGUCACGACUAUCAGUUCCGCGUGCGCGCGGUGAACAAGCAAGGAGAAUCCUUGCCGCUCACUGGCAUGGACACGAUCACAGCGAAGGAUCCGUACGACAAGCCCGACAAGCCUGGAACACCCGUUGCCACCGACUGGGACAAGGAUCGCGUCGACUUGGAAUGGACGCCGCCCAAAAAGGACGGUGGAUCACCGAUCACGGGAUACAUCAUCGAGAAGAAGCCUCGUUUCGGUCAGUGGGAGAAAGCUUUGGAGAUCGAUGGAACUAAGACGAGCGCUAGAGUUCCAGACCUGGUCGAGGGUCAAGAAUACGAGUUCAGAGUUAUUGCCGUGAACAAAGCCGGCCCUGGCGAACCAUCCGAAGCCUCUUCUCCAAUCGUCGCAAAACCACGUUUCCUUGCCCCAUCCUUCGAUCCGCACGCGUUGAGCGAUCUGGUUGUUCGUGCCGGGCAGAAAAUCAAUUACAUCAUUCCUAUUCAAGCAUCGCCCAAACCUACUGCUACCUGGUCCCUCGAUGGAGCCGUGAUUAUGGCCGAUUCUCGUCACGAGAUGUACACCACCAAUACCGAGACCACUUUCGAAAUUCCGUUCUCUGUACGAUCAGACACUGGUCGGUAUACUCUGACUUUGGAGAACGAGCAUGGAAAGUUCAGUGCAAGUGCCAGAGUCACGGUCCUCGACAGACCAUCGCCACCGCAGAAACCUCUCGAAAUCAGCAAGAUCACCAAAGAAGGUUGUCACUUGGCUUGGGGCCAUCCGUUGGACGAUGGAGGCAGCCCCAUAUUACACUACGUUAUCGAAAAGAUGGAUUUGUCGCGAGGAACUUGGUCCGAUGCUGGCAUGAGCAUGAUAUUGAGUCACGAAGUGGCGAGAUUAACCCAUCGCAAGGAAUAUCUUUUCCGGGUUAAAGCCGUCAACACGAUCGGAGAAUCUGAUCCGCUCGAAGCGGCCAAGAGUAUCGUUGCUAAGAACGAAUUCGACGAACCCGAUGCUCCUGGAAAACCACAGAUCACGGAUUGGGACAAAGAUCACGUCGACUUGCAAUGGCCAGCCCCGAGCAGCGAUGGUGGCUCCCCGAUAACGGAAUACAUAGUCCAGAAGAAGGAGAAAGGUAGCCCAUACUGGGUGAACGCGAUUCACGUACCUCCAAGUCAGACGAACACGACUGUUCCCGACUUGACCGAGGGACAAGAAUACGAAUUCCGCGUGAUCGCAGUAAACGCUGCUGGACAAUCUGAACCCUCAGAGCCAAGCGAUCUGGUCACUGCCAAGCCACGUUACCUGGCUCCAAAGAUCAAGACGCCUUUGCAAGAUAUUCGAGUCAAGGCUGGUCUCAUCUUCCACGUGGAUAUCGAUUUUAUCGGUGAACCAACCCCGGAGGUCAUUUGGACGGUUGGUAGCAAAGAAUUGGAAAGUGACAAGAGAACGACCGUUACCUCGAUAGGUUAUCACACCAUCGUUCACACAGUCAACGCCCAGAGAUCCGAUUCUGGGCUGUAUCACUUGUUAUUGAAGAACAGCAGCGGAAUAGACGAAGGUAGCUUCCAGGUGAUCGUUCUCGACAGACCAGGUCCGCCGGAAGGUCCCCUGCAGUACGAAGAGAUCACCAGUCAAUCGGUCACGUUGUCUUGGAAACCGCCUAAAGAUAAUGGCGGUAGCGAGAUCACUGGAUAUAUAAUAGAGAAACGUGAUUUGACCCAUGGUGGUGGUUGGGUUCCGGCAAUAACGCACGUCAAUCCUAAAUAUACCCACGCCACGGUGCCGAGGUUGCUCGAAGGUACGACUUACGAGUUCAGAAUAAGCGCGGAAAAUCUUCAGGGACGCUCGGAUCCGCUCACUACCGACCACUCGAUCGUCGCCAAGAACCAAUUCGUCGCACCUGGACAGCCUGGCAAGCCGGAAUGCGUGGACGCGGACAAGGAUCACAUAAAGAUCAGAUGGACGGCGCCGAUCAGCAACGGUGGAUCGAAGAUCAUUGGCUACGACGUGGAGCGACGCGAUCGUGCGACUGGUCGAUGGUUGAAGUUGACCAAGGAACCUGCGAGAUACGCAGAGUAUUACGACGACCAUGUGACCGAGGGUCAUCAAUACGAGUACCGGGUGACUGCGAUAAAUGCAGCUGGAUCGGGCAAACCCAGCGACACGUCUGCCGUAUUUAUCGCGAAACCGAUGAAAGAGAAACCGAAAUUGAAUCUGGACGCGUUAAUUGGACGCAAGAUCAAAGUUCGUGCCGGAGAACCUAUCAACGUUAACAUUCCACUGUCCGGUGCGCCAACCCCCACCAUCGUGUGGACCAAAGACGGAAAGCCUCUCUUCGAAACUCUCAGAAUAUCGACCGAAACCAAGAGCGAUCGUACCAACUUGCUGGUCGAAAAAUCCGUGCGAGAAGAUGGCGGCAUUUACACGAUUACCGCAACGAACGAGCACGGAAAAGAUUCGGCUGAUAUCGAGGUGAUCGUGGUCGACAGACCGGGACCACCUCAAGGCCCGCUUCAGUACACCGGCACCACGCAGGAAUCCGUUUCGUUGUCCUGGAACCGACCCGUGGACGACGGUGGAUCCGACAUAACCAAUUACAUUGUCGAAGUGUCGGACUAUGGAACCGACAACUGGCGGCAAACGCCCGGCUAUUGCCCGAGAACGAGCUACACGGCCAAAGGUCUGACCGAAGGCAAGAAAUACGUGUUCAGAGUGCGAGCAGAAAACAUGUACGGUGUGUCGGAACCAUUGGAAGGCAAACCGGUCAUCGCCAAGAGUCCGUACGAUCCACCGGAUGCUCCCAGUCAGCCCGAAAUUCUUGGGUACACGCCCAAUAGCUGCAGUCUUUUCUGGAAUCCACCGCUCAAUACCGGUGGCAAACCCAUCACAGGAUAUUACGUGGAAAGACGCGAACGGGGUGGCGAAUGGCUCAAAGUCAACAACUAUCCUACUCCGAAUACAACGUUCACGGUGCAAGAUCUUCACGAGGGAUCUAAAUACGAAUUCCGCGUUAUCGCUGUCAACGAGGCCGGACCUGGUAAACCCAGCAAGCCGACCGAGCCUAUUACCGCUGGACAUCAACGUCUUCGUCCCGAUGCUCCCGAACCACCGAAACCAGACAGAAUCACGAAAGAUUCGGUGACGUUGAGUUGGCGGCCGCCACGCAGCGACGGUGGCGCCAAGAUUAGAGGUUAUAUCAUUCAGAUGAAGCAGAGAGGCCAGGACGAAUGGGAUGACGUUAAUGGCGCCCUUAUACCGACCAACGUGUACACUGUGCCAAAACUCACCGAGGGAGAGGAAUAUCUGUUCAGAGUGAUCGCCGUGAACGAUGUGGGCAACAGCGAUCCCAGUCGACCGAGCAAUCCGAUCGUUAUCGAGGAACAACCCAACAAGCCUGUCAUGGAUCUCGGAGGGGUUCGCGAUAUUACCGUCCGUGCCGGCGAAGAUUUCUCCAUACACGUGCCUUAUAUCGGUUUCCCCAAACCCACUGCUACCUGGUAUGCCAACGACGUAAUCAAAGACGAGACCGAGCCACGCGUGCACCAACAAUUGGGCGACGAUUACGCUAGUCUCGUGGUGAAAAAUGCGAAACGUUCGGACGGUGGCCAAUACCGCCUUCAGUUACGCAAUUCCUCGGGCUUCGACACCGCCACUGUGAACGUGAAGGUUCUGGAUCGACCAAAUCCGCCCGAGAAUCUUCACGCCGAUGAAUUUGGCGGUGAUGCUCUCACGCUAUUCUGGAACCCACCGAAAGACAAUGGCGGAGCUGACAUCACGAACUACGUCGUCGAGAAACGAGAACCGAAGGGCUCGUGGUCCAAGGUGAGCAGCUACGUGACGACACCGUUCUUCCGAGUAAGAAAUCUAACGGUCGGAAGUAUGUACGAAUUCCGAGUAAUGGCCGAAAAUCAAUAUGGCACUUCGGAUCCUGUAACCACGAUGGAUCCGAUCAAAGCCAGGCAUCCGUUCGAUCCACCCGGGCCACCUGGAACGCCAAAGGGCGUUGAGACGACGGAGGACAGCAUCACGAUUACCUGGACGAAGCCUCGCCACGACGGUGGUUCUCCUAUCCUUGGAUACGUUAUCGAGAAGCGUCUGUUGAGCGAGGACAAGUGGGUGAAAGCCACUCCAUCUCUCGUCCACGAAACUAACUACAGAGUCACCGGCCUCAUAGAGAAUCAUGACUACGAAUUCCGCGUCGCAGCCGAAAACGCAGCAGGACGCGGACCGUGGAGUUCCAACUCGGACGUUAUCAGGGCCAGUGCACCACCGUUCCCACCGAGGAUCACGUCCGACCUCAGUAUUCGCGACAUGACGGUCAUCGCCGGAGAACCGUUCACGAUAACCGUACCCUACACGGCGAACCCAAAACCAAGGCCAAGCUGGUCCAUCAACGGCGAAGAAGUACUCACGAGCGAUAGAAUCAAAUUCGACACAACUGACAUCGCCUCGCAAUUCGUCAAUAAAAAGGCAAAGAGAUCCGACACGGGAACGUACACGAUAUAUCUCACGAACACCGUCGGCACGGACUCUGCCUCGUGCAGAGUUCUCGUCGUCGAUAAACCAUCUCCUCCGCAAGGACCGCUCGAUAUUUCCGACAUCACUCCCGAAACGUGUACGUUGUCUUGGAAAGCGCCGUUCGACGAUGGUGGUUCGCCUGUUACGAAUUACAUCGUGGAAAAAUUAGACCCGGCUGGCUACUGGGUGAAAUUGAGCAGUUUCGUGAGGAACACUCACUACGACGUGAUCGGUCUCGAGCCGAAUCGCCAGUACAACUUCCGAGUUCGCGCGGAGAAUCAGUACGGUAUAUCGGAACCGUUGCAAGCGGACGAGCCGAUUACGGCCAAAUUCCCGUUCACCGUUCCCGACCCACCUGGACAGCCACGCGUCAUCGAUUGGGACACCUCGAACGCGACCCUGGUGUGGACCCGGCCGAUAUCCGACGGUGGAUCCCGCGUCCAGGGCUACAAGAUCGAGUUCCGCGACCCUGCCGACGACGCCCAAUGGCGAGUGGCGAACGAUUAUUUGGUCAAGGACACGACUUACAUUUGCUACAAUCUGUUGAGCGGACACGAGUACGAGUUCAGGAUACGCGCGAAGAACGCGGCCGGUUUCAGCAAACCCAGUCCACCUUCGCCGCCGUUCAAGUUGAAGAGCAAGUUCAACGUGCCCUCGCCACCUGGCACGCCUCAAGUUGUCAAGGUCGGCAAGAACUACGUCGACCUGAAGUGGGAAGCGCCGAUCUCCGACGGAGGUAGUCGCAUCACCGGGUACGUGAUAGAGAAGCGCGAGGUGGGAAGCGCGAUCUGGGCCAAGUGCAACGAGUACAACGUGACCGACACCGAGUACACCGUUCUGCACCUGAUCGAGCGCGGUGAUUACGAGUUCCGAAUCUUCGCGGUGAACGCCGCUGGAAGGUCGGAGCCGAGCUCCUGCACCACACCGGUCAAGAUCUGCGAGGUGGAGGGUGGCGAGAAACCGGAAUUCGUCAGAACUCUGCCGAUCAGUACCAACGUACCUCUCGGCAAAACUUGCGUACUCGAAUGCGAGGCAACCGGGAAACCGUUGCCCACCGCAAGGUGGUUGAAGAACGGCAGAGAGAUCACGAUCGGCGGCCGUUUCCGUGCGGAGGCGUUCGAUGGAAUUUACAGGCUCGUGAUAUCCGACGUUUCCGAUUCGGACACUGGAGAUUACAGCUGCCAAAUUUCGAAUCCGCUUGGUCUGGCCACGACCACGUGUCGGUUGAAGAUCGGCUCUCCGCCGCGUAUCGAGCGUAUGCCCGACAUCUUGUAUUUGGCCGAGAACGACAACACGAAGAUCAAGAUUUAUUACAGCGGCGAUCAGCCGAUGGACGUUACGUUGAAGAAAGACGGGCGAAAAGUGGUGGAGACCAGCCACAUCAAGUACACAGUGUUCGACGAGUACCUGAUCAUCUUCAUCAAAGAUAUUCAGAAGGACGACGCCGGCGUGUACGACGUUUCCAUAACGAACGACAGCGGUAGCGUGAGCGGUUCGUUCAACGUGUGCAUCACGGGAUUGCCAGGGCCGCCGAGCGAGCCCCUCGAGGUGACCGACAUCGACAAGCACACCUGCACCGUGUCCUGGCGUCCGCCCAAGUUCGACGGUGGCGUUCGCGUCACUCACUACGUGGUGGAGCGUCGCGACGUGAGCCACACCCACUGGAUCAUCGUCUCCUCCUUCUGCAAGGAUUGCAGCUUCAUGGUACAGGGUCUGACCGAGGGACAAGAGUACCUGUUCCGCGUGAUGGCGGUGAACGACAACGGCAUGGGGCCUCCCCUCGAGGGAACCAAUCCCAUCAAAGCGAAAGCGCCCUUCGACCCUCCGGGUCCUCCCGGCACGCCGAAGGUGACCGAGGUCGGCGGAGAUUUCGUGAAUCUUUCGUGGGAGAAGCCGGAAUCGGACGGCGGCUCGAAGAUCCAAGGAUACUGGAUCGACAAGCGCGAAGUAGGCAGCCAGGCGUGGGUGCGCGUCAACGUGAUCAUCUGCCUGCCCACGCAGAUCAACAUCACGAAUCUGAUCGAGGGAAGGCAGUACGAGUUCCGCGUGUUCGCCCAGAACGCCGCCGGACUCGGGCCCGAGUCGAAAGCCUCGACCUCGGUCAAGAUAGCCGAUCCGCAAGCGGCCAAAGCGCCGGAAGUGAUCCAACCGUUGCACAAGGUGAGCUGCGUGCAGAACCACAACGCUCAGUUCCAGUGCAAGAUCAUCGGCACUCCGAAACCGACCAUCACGUGGUUCAAGGGCGCUCGAGAGAUCGUGAGCGGAUCCCGGUACAACAUAUACUCGGAGGGCGACGUGCACAACCUGAUCAUUCACGACGUGUUCGGGGAGGACGCGGACGAGUACUUCUGCCGCGCCGUGAACAAAUGUGGCGUCAAGUCGACCAAGGGCGAGCUUUUGAUCAAGACACCGCCCAAGUUGAACGUGCCCCCACGAUUCCGAGACACCGCCUUCUUCGACAAAGGCGUCAAUGUGGUGAUAAAGAUCCCGUUCACCGGUUACCCGAAACCGAAGAUAACUUGGGUCAGAGAGGGGGAGCUGAUCGAGUCCGGGGGACACUACACGGUGGAGGUGAAGGAAAGGCACGCGGUGCUCACCAUCAUAGACGGAAAUCGCAUCGAUUCCGGACCUUACCGCAUCACAGCGGAGAACGACCUUGGCCAAGAUAGCGCCAUCAUCAAGAUACAGAUCAGCGAUAGACCCGAUCCACCGAGAUUCCCUCAAGUGGACAACGUCGGCCACGACUCGUUGGCUCUCACCUGGAAACCGCCCGUUUGGGACGGAGGUAGCAACAUCACCAAUUACCUGGUCGAGAAGAGGGAACACCCGAUGACCAGCUGGAUCAGAGUCGGUAACACAAGGUUCUGUUCCAUGGCGGUUACCGGGCUCAGCCCGGGCCACCAGUACGACUUCCGGGUUUGCGCCGAAAAUAUUUACGGAAGAUCGGACCCGAGCGAGGUGACGCCGUUGAUCACGACCAAGGGUACCGUCAAGAGAGAGUUUAAGCAAAAGGAGUACAAAGUGGACGAGACGGGCAAAAAGAUUCGUGGACGAAGCGACGAGAAGCCUCGAGAUUACGAUCAAUUCGUGUUCGACGUUUACAGUAAAUACGUGCCGCAGCCUGUCGAGAUCAAACACAUCUCCGUCUACGACAGAUACGAUAUUCUCGAAGAGAUCGGAACUGGCGCGUUCGGAGUUGUCCACCGUUGUCGAGAGAGAUCCACUGGAAAUAUAUUCGCGGCCAAGUUUAUUCCCGUGUCCCAUGCGAUGGAGAAGGAACUUAUUAGGAAGGAAAUUGAUAUAAUGAAUCAACUCCAUCAUCCGAAAUUGAUCAAUCUUCACGAUGCCUUCGAAGACGACGACGAAAUGGUUCUGAUCUUCGAAUUCUUAUCCGGCGGUGAACUCUUCGAGAGAAUCACGGCAGAAGGUUACACCAUGUCCGAGGCCGAGGUUAUCAACUACAUGAGACAGAUUUGCGAAGGCGUGAAACAUAUGCACGAAAAGAACAUUAUACAUUUAGAUAUCAAACCUGAGAAUAUCAUGUGCCAGACGCGUAACAGUACCAACGUGAAAUUGAUCGAUUUUGGUUUGGCCACGAAACUCGAUCCCAACGAGGUGGUGAAAAUCAGCACUGGCACGGCAGAAUUUGCCGCACCAGAAAUCGUCGAACGCGAACCGGUCGGUUUCUACACGGAUAUGUGGGCUUGUGGUGUUUUGGCCUAUGUUUUGUUGAGCGGACUUUCACCAUUCGCUGGAGACAAUGACAUCGAGACGUUGAAGAAUGUCAAAGCUUGCGAUUGGGACUUUGACGAAGAAGCGUUCCGCGAUGUAUCCGAAGAAGGCAAAGACUUCAUUAGACGAUUACUUAUCAAGAAUAAAGAAAAGCGCAUGACUGCCCACGAAUGUCUUCUUCAUCCAUGGUUAACGGGCGAUCACAGCAAUCGUACGACAUCGAUCGCGAGCAGUCGAUAUCUGAACUUCAGAGACAGGCUACGAGCCAAGUAUGAGAAUUGGGAUAAAUAUGUUCUUCCUAUUGGUCGAUUAGCUGAAUAUUCUUCGCUCAGGAAAUUAUUGAUUGACAAAUACAAGAUCUACGAUUCCUGCUUCGAUCGGCGACAAGCGGCACCUAGAUUCGUUAUCAAACCUACAAGUGCGUUCGCAUAUGAAGGACAAAGCGUCAAAUUCACGUGUCGUGUGAUCGCGAUCGCCUCUCCGACUCUUACAUGGUUCCACAACAAUCAGGAACUCCGCCAAUCCGUGAAAUUCAUGAAACGAUAUCACGGUGACGAUUAUACAUUCAUUAUUAACAGGGUGAAACUAGAGGACAGAGGGGAAUACGUGAUCAGAGCGGAGAAUCAUUAUGGUUAUAGAGAGGAAGUCGUUUUCCUCAACGUGCAACCUUUGCCCAAAGAGAUUCCAAAGUAUAGGCCAGAAUUACAUCCAGUUCGAAGAAGAGAGCCACUUGGUUACAACGUUUGGUUAGAAACUAUUGAAUCGGCGCCGAACUUUACUUUCCUUCUUCGACCACGUGUCAUUCAAGUCAGGCAAACGUGCAAACUUCUUUGCUGUCUCAGUGGUAAUCCACCACCAACGGUCAAAUGGUUUAAAGAUAGAGAAGAAUUGUCGAAAUAUCAUUAUCCGAUGACGCACGCGGACGGUGUGGUCACGAUGGAAAUAAUCGACUGUAAACCAGAAGAUAGCGGUAAAUAUCGUUGCGUCGCGACAAACAUUCAUGGAAAGGAUGAAACUAGCUGCGUAGUCAUUGUCGAAGGCACUGGAGAAACUGAGGAGCAAGUUAAAUUAGCGCACGAUCUCCUACAUUCCGGGGAUCGAAAAUUCAUCGAGCAACCGUUGAAACCGGCACCACCGCCGAUCGUGACGGUGCAUAAAGCUGGUGGAUAUAGUGGAUACAGUUCUACAACCACUCAGGGUUACAACUACAGUAGUUCUUCCGCUAAGAACACUUCCAGUUCAUUUUCUUAUAAAGCUACAGACUCUAGUACAGAAAAACGAAGUGUCAAGAAAUAUGGACUUGAUAGCACCGGCAGUCCAUCUCGUUCUAGAAGUACGACGAAAGAAUUAAUCUAUCCUCCGGAUGAAUCUAUGAGAGCACCAAAAUUCACGAAGAAAUUGAGCGAUCUCACUAUUAAUGACGGCGAACAGUUAGAACUUAGCGUAAAUGUUGACGGUGAUCCAGAACCGCAAGUAACUUGGUCCAAGAAUGGCAAGACGCUGAGUUCGUCAGGAAUCAUGAGCUUAAAAUAUAAAGGCGGUGUCGCGACUCUCGUUAUCAAUGAAGUAUUCCCUGAAGAUGAGGGCGAAUAUGCUUGUCAAGCAAGCAACAGCAUUGGUACAGUAACUACCUCGUGUAAAUUAACGGUAAAACCUAUGACGAGUGGAUCUUCGAAGAAAAAGACCGAUGAUAAACCUCCCAAGAUCGUAGACCAUGUGAGCAGUAUGUUUGUAAAGGAUGGUGAACCAGUAACCUUGAGUUGUAGAAUAAUCGGUGCGAAAAAAUUCGAUGUGGUCUGGUUACAUAACAAUAAAGAAAUCAAACCUAGCAAGGACUUCCAGUACAGCAGCGAAGCUAAUAUUUAUAAAUUGAACAUUGCCGAAAUCUUCCCCGAAGACUCUGGUACUUAUACUUGCGAGGCAUUCAAUGAUGCAGGAGAAAGCUUCUCAUCGUGCACAUUAAAUGUUCUUGUUCCAAACGAGGAACCGAAAAGUCCAGUCUUCGCGACAUUCCCACAAUCUGCAACGGUAAGCGAAGGCGAAUCAGUUACAUUCGUAUGCAAGACUGAAACCGCGCCUUUGAAAGUAACGUGGUUGAAAGAUGGGAAAGCACUCCCAGAAUCUAGCAGCAGAUAUUUGUUCAGUUCAGAUGGUGACAAAUCGUUUGAGUUGCGUAUUAAGUCAUGUACAGCUAGUGAUGUGGGUCAGUAUGUUGCUCGUGCGAUUGGUAAAAAGGGUGAAACCAAUGCUGCUUUCGCCCUAAAUGUUACCAGUGCUAAUGAAUAAUGAAAUCGCUGAUUUCAUACAUGACAAGUCACGAUGCAAUAAGUUUCUAAAAUAUUAUCAGGAGGGCAAUAAGAAAAAAAAAAUGUAAAAAUGAAUUGUAUAAAUGUGCAACUUGAAAAUAAUUGCGGUUAUAAGCAACGUAAUGCUCGUGUAUAAAAAAAAAAUUGGAAAAUUACUGUAUUCAUGCUAUUCUAUAUGUAAAUUAUCAUGGAACGCUAUAUUUACUUUUUGUGUGCUUAUCAUAUCGCAAAACAAAAAAAAACAAAUGAUGUUAUAUGAUGAAAAACGAAUCCAAAGCGUUAAAAAAUACGGAUAGCACGCUAUACGCUAAUACGAGCUUUGCUGUAUACACGAAUUAGUAUAUUUUAAAUACACAAUCGUACACAAACGGCAGUAUAACAUACAAAAUUUUCGUUAUAAUCAAAUAGCAGGAUAACCAGCAUCCUCGUAUAUUGUCGAAACAGCAACAACACUUUAUCUUGUUAGAUGAUUAUACGAUAAAAUUUAACACUGCCGAGAUGUACGUUUUUAUUCCAUAUAAUCGUACGCACUGUCGUGUUAUACAUGUUUGAAGACUGCUUCCGUUACAAAAUUUCAGAUAAAUAAAAAAUGAUUCAAAUAUAAAA